AUGCCCGCUCUCACAGUCAACACCGACAACCCCCCUGCCAACCCUCCUUCCCCAACCCGACCGCCUAUCUCUCCCAUCACUCCUCCGUUACGUCCAACGCAACUUCCCGGGACAGAAGCCGCCAGCGCCGCCAGUCGCUCAAGUCUUGCGCAUUCGCAGCCAGACCAGACUGGCAUACCCCCACCGGCGCCCCAACCGAUAGCCUUCCAUUCAAACCCGGACGUUAUUGCGCUCAAGUCUGCGAUUUCUAUCUUGCAGAUACAGCGACAGCGCGCCACUGCAGACAUUCAAGCUCUUAGUCGCGCAAAGGAUGAGGCUGUCCACAAUCCUGAGGCCUUUAUAAGGGACCUUGCCACCGGCAAAAUCAACGCGCCUGCGAACGGCGAUAGCGACAGCGACGAUGACGACGACAACGAUAACGACGAUGCGGAGAUGGGCGGCCAAAGCGCUGAUGCACAGAAAGGCCCCGGUCUAGGUUCCUUCAGCCAGCGCAUCACUACCGAACCACCAGCAUGGGCGAAUAUCCCUCAGCCGCAGAAUGUUGUUCGUUGCCCACCUAUAAACUGGUCACAGUAUGCCGUCGUCGGCGAUUCCCUCGACAAGCUUCACCAUGAGCAAGUCACACGUCCAAACCAAGGCACACCAGCCAGCGUGGGCGCAAAUGGCAUGUACGAGUUUAGAGGUGAAGGAAAACAAGAGAGAUAUCAAGGUGUUGCGGCGCCCUAUGCCCCAACUCAAGAUCGUUUGAACAAGAAGCCCAAGAGCAGAAAGUCGUAG